UUGGGUUUUCUUCGCUUUCUGGUUGUAGUCCUCAGAUGGUGGACCUCCUCUCACUUUCCUCUCUAUCUCCGAACAUCCCGACAUGGCCAAACUCCAUACAUUCAAGCUCAACACGGGCACGCUGAUGCCUUCCGUUGGCAUGGGCUGCUGGCGUGGCCAGCCAGGCCUCGGUCCGGACAAGGAGCUGAUGCGAAGCCUGAAACUCGCCAUCCAGGCGGGCUAUCGCCACCUCGACACGGCGUCCAUGUACCAGAAUGAAGCCGACAUUGGACAGAUCAUCAAGGAGAGCGGCGUUGCUCGGUCCGACUUCUUCCUCACCACCAAGCUUGGGCUUUCGAUGCACGACAAUGUCGAAAAAGCCAUUGACGAAUCCCUCGACAAGCUAGACACUCCAUAUGUCGAUCUCUACCUCAUGCACUGGCCCCAGGGCAGAGACUCCAACGGCGACGCCUACGGCGACGGGACGGGCAAGGGAAAAGGCCCGACGUUCCAAGAGACGUGGGCUGCAAUGGAGGAGAAAUGCUUCAAGACGGGAAAGGCAAAGGCGAUUGGUGUCUCCAAUUUCUCGGUCCAGAACCUGGAAAAGCUGCUCCAGACAGCUAAGGUUGUGCCGGCGGUAAAUCAAGUCGAGUGCCACCCGUACCUUCCCGAAUUGGAGCUGGAGGCCUACUGCAGGGAGAAGGGCAUUCACCUCACAAACUACUCGCCCUUUGGGGCCUCGCACCUGCCCAUCCAUGCCGACAAGGACAUUGUCGCCAUCGCGGCUGAGAAAAACGUCUCGCCCGGCCAAGUUGCGCUGAGCUGGGCUGUCCAGCACGGUCACUCGGCAUGCCCAAAGAGUGCCAAUGAGAAACGGAUGAAGGAGAACCUGGAGCUGAUCAAGCUGUCGGACGUCGAGAUGAAGCGAAUCGACGACAUCUCUAAGCUCGACCCCACGAGGCGGACGAGGCUCAAUGUGCUGGCUUGCGACGAGAAGACGGGCCUCGUCUUUGGCUGGACGCUUAAGCAGCUAGGUUGGGACAUCGGCUUCAAGACGCUUGGUGUCCCGGGCAUCGUCGAGUGAACGAGCGA